CAUUUUCAUUUCUGGCACGCUCGCGAGUGGACGUGCGGACCGAUACGCCGAUAAUAGCUAUAGCCCAGUUCGAUUCCCAUCCACCUAUAUAUACCUAUACCAAUAUAUAUAGAUAGUGCAUAUAGCGAGGUGUAAAGAUCUGUCCAUAGAUCUUUCACCUGUCGCGCAGUGCGUGAGGGUGCGAAAUAUAUGCGAAAGGCACCAGUAAUCGCGUCGCGAGUGUUGGUUUAAUCCGAGGAAAAUAGAUAUCGAACCUCAGUUUGAGAGUGAAGUCAGUGAAAGUCCUUUUUGCCGCCAAGGCAUGCGAAUAAAUUUGCAAAAGUUACGCGAACCAUCGGCAAAUAGGAGAAACCAACGCAACCAGCAGAGUUAACAGCCAAAGGAACAGGCCCCGUUCAAGGGUGCCUCGGAUACCGUAGUCAAAAAGAAAACAAAACAAAAGAAGACAGCAUCACUAAGCUGAGCCAUGGAGCAAUUCGAGCAGCUGCUGACGUGCUGCGUCUGCCUGGACAGGUACCGCAUCCCCAAGCUGCUGCCAUGCCAGCACUCCUUCUGCAUGGAGCCCUGCAUGGAGGGACUGGUGGACUAUGUGCGACGCCAGGUAAAAUGCCCGGAAUGUCGUGCCGAACACCGGAUACCCUACAACGGCGUGCAGGCCUUUCCCACGAAUGUCACCUUACAGCGCUUCCUGGAACUGCACAUCGAAAUCACCGGAGAGCUGCCCGAUCCCACUUCAGGUCAAAUUAUGGAGCGCUGCGGCGUUUGCUCGGAAAAGGCCUAUCUGUCCCACUGUGCGCACUGCGAGAAGAAGAUCUGCGAGGACUGCAAAAGUGCCCACAUGGACAUUCUGCGGCGAGAGAUUACGCGAUUCAAUUCACAGAUCCGUCGCAGCUUGCACCGACUGCAGGACUCGCUGGCGAUUAUCGAGAAGAACACCAUGAGCCUGCAGACGAACGCCAUCAGUGUGACGGAGGAGAUCGAUGAGAUAUACCAGCGGAUCACGAAGGCCAUCAAGGAUCGCUCCGACCAGCUGAAGGGCGAGAUCGAUCGCUACUUGGCCGUGGAGCUGCGCAACCUGACCACCCUGAAGGAGAAUCUCGAUCUGGAGAUCACGAACAUCAGCAGCAACUGCGACACGGUGGACAAGUACAUGAACGAGACUGUGGAGUGGGAUGACUGCGAGCUGAUGGACACCAAGGAGAUCUUCCUGAAGACGGUUGAGUUCCUGCGUCACUUCGAGUAUGAGAACAACGACUACAGUCGGCGGGUGCGGUUCCUGGUCUCCAUAGACCCCAAUCAGCUGGUGAUGAACCUUGCCACCUUUGGUGACCUGAACAUAGCCCCCCACUCGACGCCCAGUGGCGGUUCGGUGAGCAGUUCCCACCUGGCGCCGCCGAGCACCUUGCAACCGGGCCUGAUGCGCUCGAAGAGCGAUCACCGGCUGGCCACCCAGUUCCGCCAGCAGGAGGAGCGCAGUGGCUACAACGAUGAGCCCGUGCUGGGCGGCCGCAAAUUCGGCGAACGCCCGCAGCGCAGCGCCACCCAGGCGAACAACGAUCGCUAUGGCCGUGGUGGUGGUGAUUACGACUACGAGAAUGACUACGACAACGAGGGCUCCUCGGGCAGGGCGGGCAAGUCCUCCCGCUUCCGCUCCCGAUUCGUGAGGUCCCACCAAAACGAUGACUCCGACAGCGAGCAGCAGCAGCAGCAGCGGCAGCAGGAGCUCAAGGAGCGCAAGGAUCGUGUCCUGGACAGCGAGGAUGUGUCGCGCGGCCAGCUGAGCGGCAUCAUUCGAUUGAGCGACUGCUCGCGCGUCGUCCAGCGACUGGCCGACAUUGGCAAGGAGAAGAAGGAGAAGAAAUCCGAUGCAGCGGCAGCGGCCCAAGCGGCCGUUCAAGCCGCCAUUCAGGCCCAAAAGGCGGCCAUGCAGCGGCAGCAGCAGAAGAAUCAGCAGACUGCCGCCGACGAGGAGGAGUUGGCACGCCAGAAGCGCAAGAAUGCGGCAGCAUCCUCAUCAUCAUCGGCAGCUGGAGCAGCCACGUCGACGUCAUCGGCGGGUGGCGACAACGCCAGCGAUCAGCGGGUGGCGGCUCUGAAGAAUCGAGGCGGCGAAGAAAGCGACGGCAGCUCCAAUCAGGCGGCGUCUCCAGUGCGUAACAGUGCGGCCUCAACGACGCGAGCCGAGGUAAGUGUGAAUGAGGCAAAUACAGAAGAAGAAGGCGUGGCCAGUGAGAGCAGUGACAGCGAAGAAGAGGAGGAGGAGGAGGAUGAGGAGGAAGAAUCGGUAGAGGAGGGGGCAGAACAAGCUGAAGAAUCUGUAGAAGGGGCUCCUAGGGAAUUGCUUAAUCCCCCAGAAGAAUCUCUGCAGCCCACGUCUUCCGAAGUAACAGAGGAGGAAGAAUCGUCCUCCGAGUAUGAAGAAGUAACAGCCACCGAAAGUGAGGAAGAACAGGAUGAGGGCGAGGAAAGAGUGGUUGAAUCGGAGAAUCAGAUCCUACCAGUGAUCAAUGUACUACCACCCGAUAAUGAUUUAACGCAAAAAGCAGAAGAAAUCCCAGUAGAUCACAUAAGCAGUCAGCAACCGUUGGAAGAAACAGAUAAAUCUACUGAGGAGAGCCCAGAAGAAGAAGACGAUGAAGAUGAGUACACAGAAGAAGAAAUUGAGUCGAAGCCGCCCGUUUCCGCUCAAGUGGCAGCGGUGAAGAAGACCCAGCGAUCUGGUAGCAGUGACAGUAGUGCCUCCACCGAGAGCUCAGCCAGUUCGGCGGCAGCAGCGGCUGUGGCAGCCACAUCCGCUUCUGCGGCGGCACCUGCAACAUCCGGUGGUGGCAGCAGCAACAACUCGACGAGUCAAAGUGCCAAGGCGCCCAGUUCAUCUAGGUAUUCGAGUGCCAGGGACACCACGGCAGUGCCGGAAAAGAAGCCCUUCGUCAGCCGAUUCCUGCCGCAGCACAGUACCGCCAAUGCCUCUAAUGGUUCGGCGGACAAGAAGAAGGCCGAGUCCAGCUCGAGCAGCGAGGAGGAGACCAGCUCGGAGUCCGAGUCCGAGUCGGAGCCGGAGACCAAGGCGAAGACGAGUGCCACCAGCAGUACGACCAAUACCAAGUCCACGCCCAGUAGUGCCGCCAGUUCGACAACGGCAGCGAGCAGCUCCACCAGCGGUGGAUCCUACCGGGAUCGCCUGGAGGCCCGCAGGGCUUCGCGGGACGACAGCUCCUCGACGGCGGCGGGGCGCAGCAGCUAUGCCACGCCCUCGAGCAGCGGCUAUGGGAGUGGCAGCGGCACCACCAGCGGACGCACGCGAGCGGUACCCGCUCCACAUCAUGCGAGCGAGAGCGAAGAUCGCUAUGGCAGCGGCACUGGCAGCAGCUACACAAGCCGCUUUCUAAACAAGAGCAAGAGCAGCGCCAUUGUAACGCAACCCUCGCUAUCCACGCCCACCGCCUCCUUCGAUGAGGACGCCACCGGAACGGGCGACGAUUCGGACAGUCGCUACGGAACGGGCCGCUCCCGCUACUUGGCCAUGAAGGAGCGACGCACCCGGCUGGCCCGCAGCCGCUCGUCCCACCAGUUUGGCAACGAUGACGAGGAUCUGGAUGAGCCGGUGUCCCCCACAACGGUCUCGCCGUCCGCUUACCUGGCCUCAAGGUACAGCGGCUAUGGCAGCAGUGACCUGGCCCGCAGCCGCUCCUCCCACGCCCUCAAGUCGCGCGACAACUCCCCGAUCACCGAUCGCGGAGCGGGCUCGUCGCGGUCCAGCGGCCUGGGCGGCAGCUCGGCGACGGACAGCAAGGACGGCGAGGCCUUGAGCUCCUGGGCACGGUACCUGAAGAACAAGUACGGUAACAAGGGCAGCAAGGACUCGGCCGGCAGUAGCGGCAGCGCACGCGACUCGCACGCGGGCAGCUCGACGUCCGCCUCGGCGGGCGCCGGGUCGUCCUCAUUGGCGUCGUCGCAUGCGCACGGCUACGGGAGCGGUACGAGCGGCUCGAGCGGUCGGAGCACCGCCAGCGAGGUAUCGCGACGGCUGAGCCUGGGACUGCCCUUGAGGCAGGCCAACGAGCUGGCCUCCUCCGACGAUGACGGGUCAAAAAACGGGCUAGGCUCCCCUACGUCCCCUACGGUAGCAGCAGCAGUGGCAGCAGCCGGUAUAACCGGAGCGGCAGGUACUAUCCCUAAACAGGUGUACCUGCGCAAGCGCCAGCAGCUGUUCCAGCUGGGGGGCCGGGGGAGCGAGCCCGGAUCCUUCACAUGGCCUCGCGGUCUGGCCGUCGGCCCCGACAAUAGCAUCGUGGUCGCCGACUCCAGCAACCACCGCGUCCAGGUCUUCGACUCCAACGGCAUCUUCGUCAAGGAGUUCGGCGAGUACGGUAACGGCGAGGGAGAAUUCGACUGCCUGGCCGGAGUGGCGGUGAAUCGCAUCGGCCAAUACAUCAUAGCCGAUAGAUACAAUCAUCGCAUACAAGUGCUCGAUCCGCAAGGACGAUUCCUGCGCGCCUUCGGUUCGCAGGGCACCGCAGAUGGCAAAUUCAAUUAUCCUUGGGGCGUAACAACCGAUGCACUCGGCUUCAUUUACGUGUGCGAUAAGGAGAACCACAGAGUGCAGGUUUUCCAAUCCGAUGGUUCCUUCGUUGGCAAAUUCGGUUCCUGCGGCCGUGGCGAGGGACAACUUGAGCAUCCGCAUUAUAUAGCCGUAUCGAAUACGAAUCGUGUGAUUGUUUCCGAUUCGAAUAACCACAGGAUUCAGAUAUUCGACGUAAACGGCAAGGUGCUGUCCACGGUGGGCGGCGAGGGUUCCGACGACGGCCAGUUCAAGUUUCCACGCGGCGUGGCCGUGGACGAUCAGGGCUACAUAUUCGUGGCCGAUUCGGGCAACAAUCGCAUACAGAUCUUCAAUCCCGAUGGCAGCUUCCUGAAGACCUUCGGCUCCUGGGGCUCCGGCGACUCGGAGUUCAAAGGACUCGAGGGCGUGGCCAUCAUGUCAAAUGGCAACAUUUUGGUCUGCGAUCGCGAGAAUCACCGCGUCCAAGUCUUCUGAUCCGAACCCACGAUACCCGAGGAGAACUCAUUGCAUUAUCUCAUUUCGAUUUGUCUUUCUUUUAUUUAUUUUGUCUUUAAUUAUUUUUUGUUACGAAGUGCCAAAGCAAUUAUUGCCUCUAUUUCUAUGCCUAGAAACUGUGCCAAUUAGCUGAAAAAAAUCGAAAAACUUUUUGUUCAACCAAAGGAAAAAAAAGGAAACCUAUGAAUAAAAAAAGCGAAAACUCGUCAGAGUUUGAGUGAA